UUGCAGUGCGUGGGCUUCUCAUUGUGGUGGCUUCUCUUGCUGCAGAGCAUAGGCUCUAGGCACACGGGCUUCAGUAGUUGUGGCACACGGGCUCAGUAGUUGUGGCUCACGGGCUCUAGAGCGCAGGCUCAGCAGGUGUGGCACACGGGCUUAGUUGCUUCGUGGCAUGUGGGAUCUUCCCCGACCAGGGCUCGAACCCAUGUCCCCUGCACUGGCAGGCGGAUUCUUAACCACUGUGCCAGCAGGGAAGCUCCCGGGCUUCUCUCUAGUUGUGGUGCGAGGGCUUCAGGGCACGCGGGCUCUGUAGUUGCGGAGCUCGGGCUUAAUUGUCCCACAGCAUGUGGGAUCUUAGUUCCCCGAUCAAGGGUCGAACACACUUCCCCUGUAUUGGAAGGCGGAUUCUUUACCACUGGACCACCAGGGAAGUCUCCUCAUUUCUUGAUUAUGCUUGCCCAAUUAAAUUUUUUUGUAGUAUUUCCUUUGUAUUUUGUUUUUAUUCUUAUCAAGCUUAAAAAUAGCAAAAGGCUUAAAAUAAAAUACACUCUCUGCUCUACCCCUUUCUUCUUCCAUCCUGUCUCUUUGGUCUGUGUUUGCUCUUGUGGCAUCUGCCUCAGGCCUUGCUUCCUGUUUCUCCUCCCCCCUGCAUGAAUGCCCUGGGCUUGAUGUCAUGGCUUCAUUUUUCUCCAUCACGACCUCAGACGUGCCCUGUCAGCUGUCCCUCCCCGGCCCUGGCAGUCAUCUUGGCAAGAGCCAAGUAUUUGGAUGUCAGUUAACUUCGAGGCGUUGGAAAGUCCAGGCUACACUCCAACCCCUCUUCUUCCCCGACUCAGGCUGUGGGAGAUGGGAGGCUCUUCUCUUUAUUCCCACUUCACUGUUUGUCCCUGUGGGAGUUCCUCGUGGGUUGGGAAGGGAAGCUCCUGUCAUCGGGCGGUCAGUCCCCAGCACGACAGGGAUCGCUUGGAGCCUGUGACAGGGCUCUACCCUGCAUUUCCACUGGCCUCUGAGGCUCCCCCAGAGUUGCACUCACUGUGUCUUCCCCGGGGCCCCCCUCGCUGCAGGCAGCGCUCUUGGGGAGGAGCCUGUUAGGGCGUCAGUCGGGGCUCCUCUAGCUGCUGCUUCCUUGUCUUCAGCCCCCAUCCCUCCCUUUCUCGUCCUGCAGGCUUCCCAACCUGUAGAGGGCAGUGUCUUCCGUUUGCUUGGCCAGAUCCUUGCCUUCUCCUCGACGUCCUUCUCUCUCUCUCUGCGCUGUCGUCUCCACCGGGGCGUCUCUGCCUCUGGCUUCACUGGAUGCCUGGGACCCAACCACGGCUCCUUACCCCAGUGCUCUUACUCCAGCCCCAGGGACCUUCAUCUUUCACUGGAACUAGGACCCCUGCCCUCUCCGUGGCAGUCAGAAUGGUCUCAGGUGGGGGUCAGAGCGCACCACCCUUUCCAAGGCCUUCCGGGGGCUUCUCCUCCUGUGGAAUGAAAUCCAAGUCCUUACCACGUCCUUGAGCCCUGCAGGCCUGUGCCUUUGUUUUCAUGCUGCGUGGAAGGCUCUUCCCGAAGAAAUCUCAGAGCUCGUUCUCACACUGCUUGUGUUUCUGCCCAAAUGUCGCCUCAGCAGGGGGCUCCUGAUGACCCAUCUGAGAUAGCGCCUGUGUCUUCCUCCCCGCCUCUCUCCCAUGAAGCUGCUGGAGGCCUGUCAGAGCAUUGUCACCGCUUGCGUGCUAGGUGGCUGUGUGUUUACUGGCAUCUCCCCUGCAGGAAUGGAAACCCACUGAGGACAGGGACUGUGUCCACAGUUGGUGCCUAAUAAGCACUUAUUGAAUGAUCCCCUGAGGGUCUGUGGCUUGCUGCUAUCUUUUGGUCCUGUGAGAGGAAUUUAUUGUGAGUACACUGGGUAGUUCUCAGAGGCAUCAAGCACCAGUCAUGCAGGCUGCACGGCUGACACUGCCGCAGGGCCACCUGGUAGGACCCGCGCACCUCGGGGAGCAGACCCCCCUGCACUGGUUUGUGGCCUGUGGCUCCGCGACCUGGGCUUUAGGUUCACAGUCUGUGCUGGGUGUCCCCUGGUUGACUCGGUUGUGGACCACUUAUUUUCUUGGAAGAAGCCUGGGAAGUCACCUAUUUGACACGUUUUCUUUUCUUUCUUUCUUUUUUUAAAAAAUUUAUUUAUUUUUGGCUGCGUUGGGUCUUCGUUGCGGUGCACAAGCUUUUCAUUGUGGUGGCUUCUCUCGUUGCAGAGCACGGGCUCUAGGAGCGCGGCUUCAGUAGUUGUGGCAUGUGGGCUCAGUAGUUGCAGCACGCGGGCCCUAGAAUGCACUGGCUUCAGUAGUUGUGGCAUGCGGGCUCAGUAGUUGUGGCUCGUGGGCUCUAGAGUGCAGGUUCGGUUGUUGUGGCGCACAGGCUUAGCUGCUCUGCAGCAUGUGGGAUCUUCCCGGACCAGGGCUCGAACCUGUGUCCCCUGCAUUGGCAGGGAGAUUCCUAACCACUGCACCACCAGGGAAGUCCCUGGAAUGUUUUCUUCAUGUGCUCGCUCCCACUGAGACUCAGGUGGGCUGAGCAGCCGGCCAGAUGGCAGGCACUUCCGGAGGGUCAGACCUGUGUGUCUGGUGCCUGUAGUUUGAGUCGUGCUCACCACCCCGUGCAAGGUCUCCCUGAAUAGGUUCUUAUCAGACUGGAAACACCUUAUUUUGUCUGCAUGCAUAGCUGUUCAUUUCCCUCUACAAGACUAAAAGCUUCUGAAGGCCAGAGUGGGCUUCACUCAUCCUGAAGUCUUCAGGACCCAAAAGAGUAUCUAGCACACGGAGGCUCACUUAUUAUUAUUAUUUUUUAAUUCUCUCUCAAAGCAAGUGGUGGGUUCAGGAUGCAGUCUGUGGAGGGACAUUCUCCUUUCCUGGGUCCUCUACAUCUUUUCCAUGUCUCCCAGUAUAAUUGCAGCCUGUGGAAUGGUGUGUGUAUUGUUACAGGGAUUGUCGUCAUUCAAGGAUAUAUCUAUGGAGUUCACCUGGGAAGAAUGGCAGUUAUUGGAUUCUGCGCAGAAGCACCUGUACCGGGAUGUGACUCUGGAAAACUAUAGAAACCUGGUGUCUGUGGGGUAUCAUGGUACCAAACCUGAUUUAGUCUUCAAGUUGGAGCAAGGAGAAGAGCCAUGGAUAAUAAACGCGGAAGUUUCCCGUCAGAGCUGUCCAGAAGGUUGGAAAGAAUGGUACCAGAAAAAUCAAGAUGAACUCGAAAGUGUUGAGAGAAGCUAUGCUUGUAAUGCAUUUGGAAAGCUUCAUCUGAGCAAAAGCCACAUUUCUUCAAGACAAAGUCUCCUUAAAUAUAAUACACUUGGAAAAAGUUUGACACAAAACUUAGCUUCAGCCAGAAGCUAUCUAAGACAGAAUCCUGAUCAGUUUCAUGGGUAUGAUGAAUCAUAUUUUCUUAAGCAUCAAAGAACUCAUAGUAUAGAAAAAAACUGUGUAUGUAACGAAUGUGGGAAAGCUUUUCGUUGUAAAUCACAGCUCAUUGUACAUCUCAGAAUUCAUACAGGAGAGAGACCAUACGAAUGCACUAAAUGUGAGAGAGCCUUCAGUGCCAAGUCAAACCUCAAUGCUCAUCAGAGAGUCCACACAGGAGAGAAGCCCUACUCCUGUAUCGAGUGUGGGAAAGUCUUCUCAUUCAGGUCACAGCUCAUUGUCCAUCAGGAAAUUCACUCAGGAGGGAAACCUUAUGGUUGCAGUGAAUGUGGGAAAGCCUACAGCUGGAAAUCACAGCUGAUUUUACACCAGAGAAGCCAUACAGGAGUGAAACCCUAUGAAUGCAGUGAAUGUGGGAAAGCCUUUAGUCUGAAGUCCCCAUUCAUUGUGCACCAGAGAACUCACACAGGAGUGAAACCCCAUAAAUGCAGUGACUGUGGGAAAGCCUUCAGGAGUAAGUCGUAUCUCCUCGUUCACAUCAGGAUGCACACGGGAGAGAAGCCCUAUCAGUGCAGGGAUUGCGGGAAGGCCUUCAGCAUGAAGACACAACUUGUUGUGCACCAGGGAAUUCACACAGGAAAUAAUCCUUAUCAGUGCAGUGAAUGUGGGAAGGCCUUCGGUAGGAAGGAACAGCUCACCGCGCAUCUGAGAGCUCAUGCGGGAGAGAAGCCCUAUGGGUGCAGUGAGUGUGGGAAAGCCUUCAGCAGCAAGUCAUACCUCGUUAUACACCGGAGAGCACACACAGGAGAGAGACCCUAUGAGUGUAGCUUCUGUGAGAGAGCCUUUUGUGGGAAAUCACAGCUAAUUAUACAUCAGAGAACUCAUUCAACAGAGAAGCCCUAUGAAUGCAGCGAAUGUGAGAAAGCCUAUCCUAGGAAGGCGUCACUUCAGAUACACCAGAAGACUCAUUCAGGAGAAAAACCCCACAAAUGCAGUGAAUGCGGGAAAGCCUUCACUCAAAAGUCGUCUCUCAGUGAACAUCAGAGAGUUCAUACAGGAGAGAAGCCAUGGAAAUGCUCUGAAUGUGGGAAAUCCUUCUGCUGGAAUUCAGGGCUUCGUAUACAUCGAAAAACUCACAAGUGAGAAAUCAGAGCGGAGUAGAUGUUAGAAUCAUUCUCACAGAAGCUGAUCCACAGGAGACUUCAGAGGAUAAUAGAGGCAAGAAGUCCUAAAAAUACUCUUUUAUCAAAUUAGUCAUACGAGAGAGAGGCCAAUCAUAUUUGGAAUGAAUGUGCAAAAGCUUUCAGAAGUAAGUCAUACAAAUCUUUAUAUACAAGAGAAUAGUUGCAGGAGUACAGAGCAGUAACUGUAUCAGAAGUGGUAGCCUGAUUAUGAAGAUUUAACAUGGGGAAUCAUAUUGAGAAACCCUUGUAACUUUAAUAAAUCAAGAAAGCACUUCCCGUGGAAGCUGUGUUACAUGGGGAGUCGCAUUCCAGAUGUGGUGCUGAAGAAAGUCUUGGUAGAGAGUAAAGUUGUUUUUUAUUUUAAUAUGUAUCUAGAGUAAUAGCAGGAAAAUGGCAAGGAACAUACUCUGAAGGUUAAGGGGUAUGGAGUGUGACUUUCCUGAGUAACACUGAAUAGUGUUUUAAAAAUUUUUGGUAUUUUAUUUUAAAAUGUAACUUGUUAUAUUUGAUAGUUUGUGGAAUAACACCCUCUAAUAUUCUCCACAUUAAAUGCUAAGGAUCAGUGUUGUCUCUUUAUUUCUUAGCAAUAUAACUAAAAUAAUAUAGUUUUUAAUAAAUGAAAGGAUUCAGUUCUCAUUCCAAAUGAAUUUACAUAUCCAGCAAGUGGGUCUGGCAGUUGUUAACAGGGGUGCUUCCUAAGAGCACUCACCAUAAUGAACAUUGAUUAUAUUUACCAGUUCAGUGUCUGUUCUGCAAGAUUUGUAAGAGCGGCUUAGAUCUCUCUGGAGAAAUACCCCUCCUGUGUGUGUGCACCCUUGCGGUGGGUCUUUCAGGGUGUCCUUUCCACCAGUCACAGUUGUUGGGAAAUGGGAGCCUCUUUUCCAGGAGUUUGCAUCUCGAUUUCAGUCUCCCAUGAACCAGCAGGGAAAUAUUGGAACCCAUUCUUGUCCCAGAAUUCUACUGAGACCAUCAGUUAGUUCUUGCUGUUUUGAUUUCUCAGAAUAACUUUGGAUACUGCCCCUUUUGAACCUGGUUUUCUGGUCUUCUGUGUG